AUGACGACAUGCCGUUUUGCAUACUUGGUAUUGUUGUUUUUACCAUUAAUUGUGGGCGCACCAGUAUUGUUGAUUGGUAGACGCGUUCCAGAAAAUGAUAAUGAGAAAACAGGGACGUUAUUAUGGUAUGAUCUUUUGGUGAGACAAAUGGAGAUGGCGGGUCCAACAUUCAUAAAGUUGGGGCAAUGGGCAGCUUCUCGUUCAGACAUAUUUCCCGAGGAAAUGUGUAAUCGAUUAUCGAAACUUCAUUCUGCAGUUGAUCCACACCCAUUUUCCAAGACAAAGUUGAUAAUUGAGGAAAAUUUCGGAUUACCAUUUGAAAUGAUAUUUGAAGAGUUUGAUCCAAAACCCAUUGGAAUUGGUUCACUCGCUCAGGUAUAUAAAGCAAAGGUCCGACCUGAAAUUAUUCCACCAUCAAUAGCUGACGAAACUACGUCAUCAUCUUUAACCGAAAAAAAAACUAAACCGCAUUCACCAUUGGUAACCGACGUAGCAAUAAAAGUACUUCACCCGAACGUGGAUAAGUUGAUUCGACGAGACCUUAGAAUUCUAAUGGUUUUCGCAAAAAUCAUCAACGAACUCCCAACUAUGAAGUGGCUUUCAUUACCGGAAGAAGUUGCGAGAUUUGGUGAAAUGAUGCAAGAUCACUUAGACCUACGCAUUGAAGCAAAUAAUCUGAAAAUUUUCCGGAUGAAUUUCAAGGAUAGAAAGUCGAUCAAUUUUCCACGACCUUUUGUCGAGUAUACUAUGAAAGAUAUGUUGAUUGAGGAAUACGAGUCGGGUAUACCGUUAAAGAGGUUUCUUGAAUUUGGGGGUGGCGUGUUUGAGCGUACUAUUGCUGAUAUUGGAUUAAAAGCCUUUCUUCACAUGCUCAUAUUUGACAACUUUGUUCACGCCGAUCUUCACCCUGGAAACAUCUUAAUAACUUUUGUCAAACCAAAGAAAAUAAUGAAUUUCUGGUCCAAUUUCAUAAAUAACUACAACGACAAAUCUGCAGAACAUUUAGACGAUUCAAAAAGAGCGCUUCAACUCCUAAAAUCACAUUACAACAAUAAAAAACAAUGGGAAGAGGCAUUAGAUCGUCUUUUUCAAGAAGGAUUCCAACCCGUUAUAACAUAUCUGGAUACGGGUCUUGUCACAAGUCUCAACGCAGAAAAUCGCCGUAAUUUUCUGGACUUAUUUCGCGCCGUGGCAGAAUUCGAUGGAUACCGUGCUGGAAGAUUAAUGAUUGAACGAUCGAAAGUGGGUCACUUGGCAUUGGACGGCGAAAUGUUCGCGCUUAAAAUGCAAGAUUUAGUGCUAAAAGUGAAAUCAAUGACACUAGCACUAUCCAAAAUACGAAUUUCUGAAAUCUUGGCCACAGUUCUGCAAAUGGUACGAAAACAUCACGUGAAACUCGAGGGUGAUUUCGUGAAUGUGAUGCUUUCUGUGCUAUUGUUGGAAGGAAUUGGACGACAAUUGGAUCCGAACAUAGAUUUGUUGAAGAGUGCAUUACCGAUUUUACGACAGUUGGGAGCACAGGAAGCGAAGCGUGGUGUUGUGGAUGGAAAAAUAAGGGAAUUACCGUUAGAGGAUGGUGUAUUUCUAAAAUUCUGGAUUUGGUUAGAGGCAAGAGAGUGGGUGGCGAAUUUAAGUUGGGAUGAUUUGAAAGAAAUGAUGUUUUAUAAGCAUAUUUGUUGGCCCGAUAUUUGA